GUUCAGGUUACCACGGCGCAAUGUAGCACCUGACGACGGCUUGCAAUCAUUCGUUCGUAUCUGUGGAGAGGGGAGGGAAAACGAUAAAAAAAAAAAAAAUCAAAUUUUAACAAGUCAAGUCCUAUCUCUUGAUAAUCCUUCACAAAUUUAGAGUUAGAGAGAUAGAAGAUCAGUGACUGAAGAAAGAUCACUCAUUCACACACCGCCGCCGGUUGUUCUCAUCUUGGUGAUCAUUGCAAGUUUUUGAUACAAUGGGUGCUUCAGGGAGAUGGAUCAAAGCAUUGAUUGGUUUCAAUAAGUCAAGGUCUUCAAACAUGGAUGAUCAGGUGAAGGUUGCAAGCAAGAGCCGGUUUAGGAGAAAACAUUCAGUUGAUUUUGACGCUGAGAAGAAACUUCAAGAUGGAUUUCAAGAUUCAUAUGCGCAUAGUGUAAUAGAUACUUCAACUUCACUACAAUCCUACUGUGGUGCACCUUAUGAAGAGCAAAGUAAGGAACAUUAUGCUGCAACACGCAUCCAAACAGCUUUUCGAGGCUUUCUGGCUAGAAGGGCUUUACGAGCGUUGAAGGGACUGGUUAGACUUCAAGCCCUUGUUAGAGGACACUCUGUGAGAAAACAAGCAGCUGUGACGCUUCGGUGCAUGCAAGCGUUAGUAAGAGUCCAGGCUCGUGUACGGGCAAGACGUGUUCGCCUCGCCUUGGAGAGUGAAACGCGUCAGCAACUACAGCAACAGCUAGCAGAUGAAGCCCGAGUUCGAGAAAUAGAGGAAGGUUGGUGCGAUGGCAUUGGUUCUGUUGAACAGAUCCAAGCAAAGCUGCUAAAGAGGCAGGAAGCUGCAGCUAAGCGUGAGAGGGCUAUGGCAUAUGCUUUGACUCACCAGUGGCAAGCAGGGACUAGGCAGCAGUUAUCUGCGCACAGUAGCUUUCAACCUGAGAAAAACAACUGGGGAUGGAACUGGUUGGAAAGAUGGAUGGCUGUUCGUCCAUGGGAGAACCGGUUUCUUGACAGUUACCUCUUGGAGGAUGGGAAGUUAGGUGAAAAGAACAUGGAGCAGGCUGAGAUUGUGCAUAAAACGCAGAUGAAAAGUGCAAGCAAGAUGCAAAACACUUCAAAUCUUGUGUCCGGUGUUUCAAGUCAGAAGGCAACAUGGCCACCAUCUCUGUCUGAUGGUGAUUCGUCUUCUCCUGGAAUAUCUUCAAGCAUGCCAGUGGUGUCCAUGGCUAUGUCAAAGAAAAACGAUCUUGCUGUAGAAGUUAACUCAAGACCUGUAGCCGGUUCGAGAUCGCACAGCAAACCGAAAGAAAGAUCAAGAGAGGCAGAUAGAUCUUCAAGAGGACGGUUGUCUCUGCCAAACAGUGGAAAGUCCUUAGGAUCUCAGUCAGCUAAAGCCAACCGAGCAGGAACACUCACGCCAACAUCUCAAAAAGUUGCAGUUGAAGACAACUCUGCCCAAAACCAGAGAAGACGCAACUCUGAGCCAACAAAAUAGAGGCUUGCAUAGAGCCCUUGCUAGAGUCUCUGAGAAUCGUCAGUCCAAACGCCUCUCCCAUUGUCCCUGUACAUACGGAGCUUCUGAUAAAGAGAAACACAAAAACGUGGGGGAAGACAUUGGUUUUCAGACUCUAGAGCUUCUUGGUUCACCGAUCAAGAAGAGAACAACGUCUUCUGCCUUCAUUGCUGUUACCUAUCCUUUCCUUUGUCCAUGAUUCUCUGUGGAUUCUUUUUUGGAUCGGUGCUUAUUUAAGUAGGGUGUUUGGGGUAUAUUUGUGAAACAGUUUUUGUCGGGAGAACGAACUCAUGCUGCUCAGGCUCUUCCCAAUGUGUCUAUAUAAAUAGUACCGUGUUUUUAAUUUUAAAAAGAAGUGUGAUUAUAUUACAUUAUCAUAAUAAUUUAUUACUUAUAUCA